AUUGACAACUUCACUUUAAUCGCUCUUCUCGUUCUUUUCGUUCUUUCAUUUUUCAAUCGUCAAGCCGAAUCACUCGGUUAAAUAAGUGGAAAAAUGGUUAACGGACGCAUACCGUCUGUCUUCUCGAAGACUUAUGUGACACCACGUCGCCCUUAUGAAAAGGCACGUUUGGACCAAGAGUUGAAAAUCAUUGGCGAAUAUGGUCUACGUAACAAGCGUGAGGUGUGGCGUGUCAAGUACGCUUUGGCUAAAAUCCGUAAGGCAGCCCGUGAGUUGUUGACUCUCGAUGAGAAGGAUGAGAAGAGAUUGUUCCAAGGUAACGCUCUGUUGCGUCGUUUGGUACGUAUUGGUGUAUUGGAUGAAUCCCGCAUGAAGCUCGAUUACGUUUUGGGUUUGAAAAUAGAGGAUUUCUUGGAGCGUCGCUUGCAAACUCAAGUCUUCAAAUUGGGGUUGGCCAAGUCCAUCCAUCAUGCUCGCGUCCUUAUUCGUCAGAGACAUAUUCGCGUCCGCAGACAAGUUGUAAACAUCCCAUCAUUUGUAGUGCGUUUGGACUCGCAGAAACACAUUGACUUCUCAUUGAAAUCGCCCUUCGGUGGUGGCCGCCCAGGUCGCGUGAAGAGGAAGAACAUGAAGAAGAACCAAGGUGGCAGCGGUGGUGCUGUUGAAGAGGAGGAAGAUUAAACAGUUUUUUUUAUUAAAUUACACAAACCAUGUGUAUGACCACAUUUAAUAAAUAAUGUUUUUCUUAUUUUGAAAACCAAA